AGUCUCUUCACAAUCUGAGAAUUCGUUCGACGAGACGAGAGAAUGCAGAGGCUUUGCACUAAGCUCCGUUCCAUCUCUGUCCAAUCUAAUCGUAACCUCUCUCUCAUCGGCGCUCCUCAACGUUUCAUCCACCAUUCCCCGACUUCUCACUCAACCCUAGGUUUCGCCGCCCCCAGCAAAUGGAGCUUCCUUCCCGCAGCCUCCUCGCUCGCCGGAGCCUAUCCUUGCUCCAUGGGGUCUGCCUUCCUUCCUCACCAUCUUGUUCAAGUACGGAAUAUCACUUCCAAGGACAAAAUGGCAAAAUGGAAGAAGAAGUGGAGGCCUAGGACUCCAAUCACCUCAAAAGUCAAGAAAGUCAAGAUCAAGUUCUAUUCGUCAUACAAAGAUAGGUUUAAGCCACUGAAUGAUGGUACCAUCCGCCGCUGGAAAGAAGGCAAGCGCCACAACGCACACUUGAAGUCAAAGAAAUCAAAGCGUAGAUUGAGACAGCCUGGACUAGUACCACCAGCAUAUGCCAAAGUCAUGAAGAAACUCAAUUUCUGCAAUUGAGAGAUCAGAGUGAGAAACAGUUCAGUCUCUUCCAAUAUUCCUUGAUAAUGCUCACUGAUACGUGGUACCCAAAGAUUUAAUCAAAACUUUAUUUCUUUUGUUGUUGCUUCAGUUUUAACCUAUUACACCUCCAAGUAAUAAAUUGGCAUUUUGUUCCUUUCCCCUUAGGGUUGAAUAUCAGUUGAAACUUUUAUUUAUUAUUUUCUUUUGGUUGAAUGUACCAGUUUAUGAAGGUUUUAAUUGAUGUCAUUGAACUGAAAAAGAAAAAGUUCCAAACAUGCUUUCUGAUUUCUGAACAUUGUAAAACCUUAGGGAG